AUGGAGAAUCGAGUCAAGAUCAUGCUUAAACUCCUCGGGCAGGAGGCCGAUUCCUUUGGCAAGAGGGCCGAGAUGUACUACCGCACAAGACCGGAGGUGAUAAGCCAUGUGGAGCAAGUCUACAGGGCCUACAGAGCCCUCGUUGAACGCUACGACCAUAUAUCCAAGGAGCUCCAUAAGGCCAACCACACUAUUGCUACCGCAUGUCCAGAGGAGGUGCAAUAUGCAAUGUUACAAGAGGAUGAUGAAGAUGGUGACCUCCCCAAAGCAAUCACACCAAUCAACUCGAACAAGAUACACAAGUCCUCGGUUGAAGAAAUUCUCAACAGAAAGAGACAAGGUCCGUCAGGCCAGAACAAGCUAGCCUCUGCUCCACACAUGACCACAGAGGAGGCACAAGAGGAGAUCAGCAGACUUCAGAAGGCUAUACUUGUCCUGCAAACCGAGAAAGAAUAUGUUAAGAGUUCUUAUGAGAGUGGCAUUGCUAGGUGCUGGGAGAUUGAGAAGCAGAUUGCAGAUUCGCAGCAGGAAAUUUGUCUCAUUCAAGACAAAUUCGACGCUCAUGCAGCCAUUCACGAUGAUGAAGCACGUGCUUUGAUGACAAUAGCAGCUCUUAGAUCUUGUCAGGGUACCAUAUCUCGGCUGGUACGUCAUUUUGAGGAGUUGGUUAGGAUUGCAGCCAUGGAGUCCGAAAAGACAAAGUCUCUCCAAGCACAGUUGUAUGCUAUGAAUGGCAACACUGCCACACCUCCAGGAGACGCUAGCAGCAUUAACACGUUGGUGAGCACAAGGGUUUGUCCAGUCACCCAGAGAAUACUUGAGUUGCAGCCCGUAUAUGAAAAAAUUGACAAUUUUUUUGCCAACAGUUCUGAAUCCUCUUCAGAGGCGAUUGCAGAUAAUGUUGAUGAACUUGUUGAUAAAGUUGUCAGCUUGGAGCUCAAGUUCCCAAAACAGUCAGCACAAAUCAAUCAACUGAAACAAGAGAAUGAGAACCUCAAGAAUAAAUUGGAUGAGUUACAAGACGAGAUGGCACUUCGUGAUGACCAAAGCGAUUUAAAUGCACACCUCAAGCUAUUAGAGGACGAGUUGAAUGGUGCCCGAAUUCUUGAAAGAUCAAUUGUUGAGGAUGAAGUUUCUAUCAGCGUAUGCUUUUCUGAAGUCCUUAGUUGCAUAAUUAAUAUCUCAAAGGCACUUGGAUCUUUAGACCCUGAAGACCUGUAUAAUUUGUCGACUGAUGUAGGAGAUGGUGCAAUGGUUUCAACAGAUAUGAACCUGGAGUACUUUACGGAAAAGAGCAAGAGUGGGCAAUUCAUAGACAUAGAGGCACCAACUCUAAGUGAUCGUUUGGGUCAAGAUAGAGAAGAUGCCUCGGAAGUUGUAAAUGAUAAUGGUAAUGAUGGCAUCCAUGGAUCUAAGAAUGAAAUGAGAAUGGUGUUGAUAACUCAGGCAAGGGCAAUGCAGAUAUCUCAUCGGAAGAAGUAUGCCAGGGUUCAUCAGAAAAUGAGAGUGGAAGUGGAAACUUUGCUCAAGGUAAUAUUUUUAAAGGUGAAUAUCCAUUGA